AUGCGUGCCAUCCAAAAGUCCAGGCACCUCUCCCGCCAUAUCCUCAAAGCGCAUGCUUUCCCGCACGUGAGAUACAGUUCCGUCGCAACAUCCACAAUCAAGCCUCUCACCUCCAUUCUCAUAGCAAAUAGAGGAGAGAUUGCGCUUCGAGUUGGUCGAACAGCAGCAGAGUACGGCAUUCGAACAACAACACUCUACACAGACCCCGAUGCUCGAUCACAACACGCUCUAAGCUCACCCUAUGCUGUGAACCUCGGCGAGCCUUCAGCCUACCUUGAUGGAGAUCGUAUAAUACAAAUUGCUAAAGAGCAGGGUUGUCAGGGUAUCCAUCCAGGCUAUGGCUUUCUGAGCGAGAACCCAACCUUCGCGCGGAAAUGUACAGAAGCAGGUCUAACCUUCAUUGGUCCACCGUGGCAAGCCAUUGAGUCUAUGGGAAGCAAGAGUGAGUCCAAAAAUAUAAUGACCGCAGCCGGUGUGCCAUGCAUCCCUGGGUACCAUGGCUCAAAUCAAGACCCCGAAUACCUCAAGAACGAGGCAGCGAAGAUUAGUUACCCAGUUCUCCUCAAAGCCGUAAAAGGCGGCGGCGGAAAAGGCAUGCGAAUCGUCAACAGUCCCGAAGAAUUUUUCGACCAACUCGCCUCUGCGAAAUCAGAAGCGCGGAACUCAUUUGGAGACGAAGUUAUGCUAGUAGAGAAGUACAUUACAACACCACGGCAUAUUGAAGUUCAGGUUUUUGCGGAUAAACACGGCAACUGUGUAGCCUUAGGGGAGCGGGAUUGUAGCAUUCAGAGACGACAUCAGAAGAUCUUGGAAGAGAGCCCAGCGCCACAUUUGAACGAGGAGAUCAGGCAGGAUAUUUGGGAAAAAGCGAGGGCGGCAGCUCUAGCGGUCAAAUAUGAGGGCGCGGGAACUGUGGAAUUCAUCUUCGACAACGACACGGGAGAAUUCUUCUUCAUGGAAAUGAACACGCGGCUGCAAGUUGAGCACCCCGUCACAGAGAUGGUCACAGGAGAAGAUCUAGUAAGAUGGCAGCUUAUUGUUGCAGAAGGUGGUCGUCUACCCCUAACUCAGGAUGAAGUAGAGCAAAGGAUUAAGGAGAGAGGUGCAGCCAUCGAAGCAAGGAUAUACGCAGAAAACCCCGACAUGAACUUCAUCCCAGAUUCAGGUAUUCUACUGCAUCUCCGCUCGCCCAAACCAAGCUCUACCGUACGGAUAGAUGCAGGUUUCGUUACCGGCGACGAGGUGUCAUCCCACUACGAUCCCAUGAUCGCAAAGCUCAUAGUCCAGGGCCCGACUCGCAAAGCGGCAAUACAGAAACUUCACUCUGCAUUAGAAGAAUAUGAAGUCGCGGGCCCAACCACCAACAUCGAAUUCUUGAAGCGGAUAUGUGUGAGUCCAGAUUUCAUCGCUGGUAACGUCGAAACAGGCUACAUUCAAAAACACCAUUCCGAACUCUUCACUCCGGAACCUCCACCACCAGAAGUCUACGCUCAAGCCGCACUCGGCCUCAUUCUGCAAGAGAUAUCUUCUUUUCAAGGGGGUGGGAGUGACCCUUUUGCUACACCACCAGUCACGGCCGCUGGUUUCGGCACUGGCUACCAACUCCGCGAAUACAAUCUCGUAGAAGUUGCCGCCGAUGGAAAAACCCCUCCUAUCCCCACAACCGCCCAAAUCCUGCAAACCGCACCCUCAAAAUUCAACAUCACCGUCGCAGGUCAAACAUACCAAAACGUAGCCUCCUCCUUCACACCCUCAACCUCAACUCUAACAACCUUCUACCCACAUACCCGCCUCUCCACCACUAUCAUCCCCAUCCCUUCCUCUCCACCCCUCACCUCCUUCGCCGCCGCCGCCACCACAUUCACAUUAUUCCAAGGCGGACGCCAAUAUCGGCUCGCUCUCGCCCUCCCUAAAUGGGCAGAAAAAGCCCUCGGAGUCAAAGAUGAGACGAAUUCCGUGCUAGCGCCUAUGCCAUGUAAAGUACUGAGAGUGGAAGUUAGGGAAGGGGAAGUGGUGAAGAGGGAUCAGCCGCUGGUGGUUAUUGAGAGUAUGAAGAUGGAGACGGUGAUUAGGAGUCCGGUAGAUGGGGUUGUGGGGAGGGUUGUUCAUGGCGUUGGGGAUUUGUGCAAAGCAGGGACGGCUUUGGUAGAAUUUGUGAGUGAGGAGAAGGAGGAGGGUAAUGAUGAGAAGUCCUGA